CUCACGGGCUUCAGAGAUCCUCCUGCCUCAGCCUCUUAGUAGCUGGGACUAUAGGCGCCCACCAUGCCCUACGAAUGUGUGAUCUUUCCAACACAGAGAUUGGUAGAACACUUUCCUAUUUAAAUCCCUUCAUUGGUUCUCCAUUUCUUUUAAGAUAAUAAUCAAAACCCUUGCUGGGGCCCACAAGGCCCGGCACAAUCUGGCUCUGCUGCCCUGUCCAGCCUCUUGCUCACACGUCACUACUCACCUGUACCCUCCAGAGCCAGAGGCUCUAUUUGUUUCCCUCCUCGCACACCGCACACCUCUGGCCUCAAGAGCUCCCCUUUCCAGUGACUCCCCCCACCAGCUGGCAUCCCCUCUGCGUCUGGGUGUCAGCUCGGAUGCUGCUGUUUCUUCGGAAAGGUCUUCUCUGCUUUGUAUGACUGCAUCAGGACUCCGUGACAUAGCAUCUGUCACAUAGAUACAAUGCUGCCUUGGGUUAUGUAAAUAUUUGUUUCAUGUCUGCCUUUCCCACCAGGUGUUGGGGAGAUGGUACCUUGCCUCACCUCUCCUGGGAGACACAGCACUCACCCAGAGCUGGGCGAAUAGCAGGCAUUCGCCUGGUAUUUGCAGAAGGCAGGCAGAGAAGCCAGCAGUUCUUUAAGGACUGUGCUCCUGCCAGCCUCUCCUGGGGCAGGGGCUCUUCUGACCACAGAGGGCCAGUCACCAUCUGCCAUUCACCCAAUUCCUGGCCUCUGCUUUUUCCCUCAGACGUUUGUUUUUCCUCCUGGGUUGCAACUUGCUUGUCGCUUGCCGAGGAGUAAUUGAGGCCCAGAAAGAGACACAAGGCCCCUCAGGAGUGAGUAGCUCCACCCGAUCUUCCCACCCCAACCCCAGGACCCAAGACCCUCAGACUUGCCUGUGGUCCUAAGAAGAGCCUGGUUCGUCCACAAAGCCAGACAACCAGCAAAUGCCUGGAAAGACAGCUUCUCUGAAGAGCCCUGUGUCCUGCACAGAGGAAGCAGACAGAGCUCAAGAGCCCCCAGACUACAGUCUGCACUGGCCAGAAAGCUUGAAGGGCGAAGAGAUAAAGAAGUGCAGCCGUGAGGGGACGCCACUGAGUAAAUACAACCAGCAAUACCACAAGUUGUUUAAGGACAUCCCUUUGGAGGAGGUGGUUCUCAAAGUGUGCUCCUGUGCCCUCCAGAGGGACCUCCUUCUCCAGGGCCGACUCUACAUCUCCUCCAACUGGCUCUGCUUCCAUGCCAGCCUCUUUGGCAAGGAUAUCAAGGUGGUCAUUCCUGUGGUAUCCGUACAACUGAUCAAAAAACACAAGAUGGCACGGCUCCUUCCCAAUGGACUGGCCAUCACCACCAACACCAGCCAGAAGUAUGUCUUUGUGUCCCUGGUUUCCCGAGACAGUGUCUAUGACAUGCUGAGGAGAGUCUGCACCCACCUGCAGCCUUCCAGCAAGAAGAGUCUGAGUGUGAGAAAGUUUCCGGAGAAAGCAGUGUGCAAGUCUCUGGAGGUCUUCAUCCCAGAGAUGAAGUGGAGGAAGAUGUGCCCUGCCUCCAAGUCCCUGUCCCUCCCAGACAGUAUCCCUUGUAUCCCUCAGGCAUCCAUGGACACCACAGACAGACUCUUCCCCUCCAGAGAGCCCCCAAGGUCUGAGAAUGCCGCCUGUGAGGAGGAUGAGCUGGAGGAGGUGCCUGACAGUGACAGGGAGAGGAGGCUCUGGGAUUACCGGUUCCUCAAGAUCUUCUUUGUCCUGAUCUGCUUCUUGGUCAUGUCCUCGUCCUAUCUGGCAUUCCGCAUCUCCCAGCUAGAACAGCAGUUACGCACCUGGAAUUGGGAUGGCCCAGUAUCUGGGCACAGGUAACAGCCAUUUGGCCUUUGUUCCCACUCCUCCAAGAAGACAGCUCUGGGUGCUAAGCCUCCACCAGCCAUUCCCUGGGUUUAUGCUGCUGCUGUGCUGAGAUUGAGUACGAAGGAAAAUAUUCCAGAUCCCUCCUUCUUCUCCCCAUCCAUUCUUCCUCCUACCCCCAGUGAGUGAUCUGAGGGACCUGUUUACAACGUGAUGGUUCCUACAAUUUUUGAACUCAAACAAAAAGCCGGAUUCUUUGGCACCAGCUGAGGAAUUCUGUACACUAAGCUUCAACAACCACUUAAAUGAGAAAAAAAUGUAACCUGUCCUUGGAAACAGUUGUGGCACACAGGCAGAACACUGGAGGCCACCUCGAGGGACAAAGGCCAUGCU